GCUCUGAGUAGACGAGGAAGAGUUGCACGUCAGGAGUAUAAAGUUUUUUUCUUUCGUUUAUUUGUUUGAAAACUGAACAGCAACUGCGUUAAACCAGCGCUACCUUCAAUAGAAAGGACACAAGCCCUCCAGAGUGAGUUCUAGUGACCGGUGUAAAUGCUCGGGAUGUCGGCGAACAGUGUGUCGUACAAUGAUCAGGGUGGAUCUGUGGAAUCUGGCGUGGACGCGGCGCAGGAGAGCAUCCCCACCACCAUCAGCACCGGAGCGGGGUUCGGCCUCUUCAGCACUGACUUCAAGAAGAAUGAAGACUUGAAGGAGAUGCUGGAAAGCAACAAGGAGUCUCUGAAACUGGAGGCCAUGAAGAGGAUAGUUGGGCUGAUUGCGAAGGGAAAGAAUGCGUCUGAACUUUUCCCUGCAGUGGUGAAGAACGUCGCAAAUAAAAACAUUGAGCUGAAGAAGCUGGUGUAUGUGUACCUCGUCCGAUAUGCUGAGGAGCAGCAGGAUCUUGCCCUCCUGUCAAUCAGCACCUUCCAGAGGGCCCUCAAGGAUCCUAACCAGUUGAUCAGAGCGGGCGCUCUCAGGGUUUUGUCCAGUAUCAGAGUGUCAAUCAUCGUCCCCAUCAUGAUGUUGGCUAUCAAAGAGGCAGCCACUGACCUCUCACCUUAUGUCCGGAAAACUGCCGCUCACGCCAUUCAGAAACUCUACAGUCUGGAUCCCGACCAGAAAGAGCAGCUGAUCGAAGUUAUCGAAAAACUCCUGAAAGACAGAAGCACACUGGUAGCGGGCAGCGUGGUAAUGGCGUUUGAGGAGGUAUGUCCAGACCGUAUCGACCUUAUCCAUAAGAACUAUAGGAAGCUGUGUAACUUGCUGGUAGAUGUGGAGGAGUGGGGUCAGGUCGUCAUCAUACACAUGCUGACACGAUAUGCCAGGACGCAGUUUGUCAGCCCAUGGAAAGAGGAUGGUGUAUUUGAUGAGAACAGUGAGAAAGCUUUUUAUGAUUCUGAGGAGAAGAGAGUGGACCAGUCCAAAACCUGUAUCAUGGAUCCGGACCACAGACUCCUGCUGAGAAACACCAAACCAUUGUUACAGAGCAGAAACACUGCAGUUGUGAUGGCAGUAGCUCAGCUCUACUGGCAUUUGGCCCCUAAACAUGAAAUCAGUAUCAUCACUAAGUCCCUGGUGAGGCUUCUGAGGAGCCAGAGGGAAGUUCAGUAUGUAGUGUUGCAGAACAUCGCCACCAUGUCCAUCCAGAGGAAGGGAAUGUUUGAACCCUUCAUGAAGAGCUUCUAUGUGAGGUCGACAGAUGCCACUCACAUCAAAACACUCAAGCUGGAGAUUUUGACAAACUUGGCUAAUGAAGCAAACAUUUCCAUCAUACUGAGAGAAUUCCAGACAUAUGUAAAAAGUCAGGACAAGGCUUUUGCGGCAGCUACCGUCCAAGCUAUCGGCAGAUGUGCAACAAAUAUCACAGAGGUUACAGACACCUGCCUCAACGGACUCGUACUCCUGCUGUCCAACAGAGACGAAACUGUUGUUGCAGAGAGCGUCGUGGUGAUCAAGAAACUCCUGCAGACGCAACCAUCACAGCACAGUGACAUCAUCAAACACAUGGCCAAACUCUUCGACAACAUCACUGUCCCAAUGGCGAGAGCCAGCAUCCUGUGGCUGAUGGGUGAGUAUUGUGAACACGUGCCUAAAAUCGCCCCUGAUGUUCUGCGAAAGAUGGCCAAGACCUUCACCAACGAGGAGGACAUCGUCAAACUCCAGAUCGUCAACCUUGCGGCCAAACUCUACCUGACCAAUUCAAAACAGACUAAAUUGCUGACUCAGUAUAUUCUGAACUUGGGCAAGUACGAUCAGAACUAUGACAUCAGGGACCGAACACGGUUCAUACGUCAACUUAUCGUUCCAAAUGAGAAGAGCGGAGCUCUAAGUAAAUAUGCUAGACGCAUCCUGAUGGCGCCCAAACCGGCUCCUGUACUGCAGUCUGCCUUUAAAGAUCGGGAUCGUUUUCAGCUCGGCACGCUGUCUCAUACUCUCAAUACACAGGCCACUGGGUACCUGGAGCUCUCUGAUUGGCCGGCUGUCGCUCCCGACCAUUCAGUGAGAAAUGUGGAGGUUUUCGAACCGCAGGUAAAGGAGACUGGUGGACCAGCACUCAGUAAAGCCAAAUCUGCCAAAUCAAAAGAGAAGUUCUACUCUGAUUCUGAAGAGGAGGAAGAGGAGGAGGGUAGCAGUAGUGAGGACAGUAGCAGCAGCAGCAGUGAAGAAUCAGGAAGUGAAUCUGAGAGUGAGGCAAACAGCGAAGAUUCAAACAAGAGUUCUAGCCAAUCAGAGAAGACCUCCAGCGAAUCAGACUCUAACAAGAAAAAGAAAACUCUAAAAAACCAACAACUACAACAGCAGAGACCCGCAAGUAAAGACAGGGUGCAGAAGAACGGAAACACUGUAAAGGCUGAAUCCAGAUCAGAAAGUGAAUCAGGAUCAGUGAGUUCCUCCUCAGGGAGCUCCUCUGGAUCAGAAUCUGGAUCCGAACCGGAUUCCGAUUCAGACUCGGGAACAGAGUCCAAACCUGUCAAAUCCAAACCCGUUGCAAAGGUUGAGGAAAAGAAGGAAGUGUCUCUCCUUGACCUUGACGACUUCUCUCCUGUGCCAGUGACCACUCCCAAAAGCUCCAUGCUGUCUCCUAGUCUGUUGUCUGGCCUGCAGGGGCUCUCCAUCUCACCCACUGCAUUGGCCUUACAGGCGAGUUCUCCCGUGUUUGUGCCGGAAACCUCGCAUGAGCUUCUCCACAGGAUUACGGGUAAAGGUCUGUCCGCCCAGUACCGCUUCACCCGCCAGCCCUGUAUCUAUGGCAACAACAUGGUGUCUCUGCAGCUGACACUAAGCAACAGUAGUGACCAAGCCCUCGAGAACAUCCAUAUCUCAGAGAAGAGCUCCACUGGACAAAACAUCCACCGUAUUAACAAUAUUGAACGUUUGGAGCCGCAAGCGUCAGUAACAGUGUCUAUGGGUGUGGACUUCAAUGACUCCACACAAGCAGCAAACUUCCAGCUCUGUACUAAAGAAGAUGAAUUCAGUGUGUCCGUCCAGCCUGCGGUAGGAGAGCUGCUGCUGCCCAUCACGAUGAGUGAACCGGACUUCACCAAAGAGCAAGGUAAGCUGGUAGGCAUGAACGAGUCAUCUGCAACGAUCAAAAUGACACCAGAAAAUGCCUCCAGCCAAUCAGUAAACAGGAAGGUGGUGUCUGUCGCCAACUUAGGUGUGGUUCCAUCCAGUCAGGACAACAUACACAGGUUUGCCGGCAAGACGGUGAGUUCGGGUUCUCUGGUCCUGGUGUCAGUCACCCUAAAGGAUUCCAAUACUCUGGUCACUGUUAACACUGAGAAAACUAUGAUCGGCUCUAUGCUCCUGCGGCAGUUUAAAACAGCCCUGAUGAACAGCGCCCCCUAGAAAGAGUCCUCUGACACACAGCAAAAAGAGCUAGGAAGAUCCUACACCUAUCAAGUGCUCACCCUUUCACACUCAAACACACUCACAAAUUCAGUCACAGAUAAGUGCCAUUAUUCAAAUGCAAAGCAUCAAUUUGUGUUACAGUGAUUUGAGAUGGUUUGUAUUUGUGUUGUGGGAAGUUAUAGAUAUAUAAUUCAUGUCAAGUGUUUGAGUGUGCAGACAGACAGCUUCAAAUCUGUUCCUGUUAUUUCUGAGUUUGCUGUAUUCUGAAAAUACUUGAUCAAUACUGACAAUUUGCAGAAUUUCUUUAUUUAACGGCAAGUUAAAUAUUAAUUUUUUCUUCAUUAGACUUCUAUAUGACCAUUGUUGCCAAAUCAACAAUUUGAGGUCAAUGAUGCUCAUAUAGUGUCCAAAAUAUUUGUUAAAUUGCUUUCAAAUCCAUGUGAAGUGCCUUUCUUUAGACGAUUAACCCAAGUGCCCAACAGGCUCUGCCAACGAGCCCCAGUGUUUUAACUAUUGCCAUAAUUACGAUAA